CAAUGGCUGGCUCAGCACUUUGGCUGGUGUUGCUGUACUGCACACUCCUGCACUCCCCCAGCUGGUGUAGCAAUUUAACCAAAGCCGACCUGGAAGAACUGGAGAAGAUCAACACCUGGGUCAUCAAACGCAGCUUUCCCUGCAGUGCCACCUGUGGGCUUGGCCUCCGUACACAAGAGCUCUGCCCUAUCAGGGGGACCGGAAACAUCUCCAGCCCUUCCUGCAAGCUGAGGACCAUCCGCUGCCUAGACACCUGGCAGUGUGGACUGAAGACCCAAACAGCAACUGUCGGUCAGCGUCUGGUGCUUGACUGCUUAGAGGAAGUGAUGGAAGCCAUGGGCCGCUUUGCCUUUGUGGUGUCUUGGCGCUUCGCCGGUGGAGUCAUCACCUCUGAUGACUCAUUAUUCACCCGCUAUGAAGCCCUCAGCCUGGACAAGGUGGUGCUAGACCCUCUCAGAGUAGAGGAUUCUGGGACAUACCGCUGUGACGUACUGGACACCGACAAACGAAGAGUGAAGAGAAUGUAUAAAGGGGUAAAGGUGUUAUCUCCCAAUGAACUGAGUUUAGACUUUAGUAAAGGUCUGAUUCAGUGGGAAAACCCUGUGGGCCUGUUUUCUAACAUCACUAGCACAGAAAACAUGUAUCCCAGCAGGACUGUCCGAAACAUGGCGUUGAUAAGCGUGUCCAUAUCUGCUGUAAUGGCAGCGGUCAUCUUUCUACUCUUGUGGGGUUUAUACUCGAUAAGACCCAGAACAGCUCUACUUUCCCAGGACAACAUUUGAAUAAUUAAAAAGUCA